CCACAUCUCAUCCACCGCCUCUCUCCCCACUUUCUCUUCCGCAUCCUUCUCGCCUCUCCCUUUUUUUCGCUUCUUCAUCAUCAUAUCGACAUACACAGACGUCCAUCCACUCGUCCUCGGCCGUACAGGGUUCUGCAGGUGUCACAGCUGGUCCUGUCCCCCGUUUUCGCCUUCCACCCACCGUCCAUCACGAUGAACAGUCUGGUGGCUACGCCUCCUGUUCCUCCGCACUUCUACGAACAUACUCGUCUCUCUCCCACUCGUUCCAUGUCUACACCUCAAUCCUCAAGCAGUCGAAAGCGGAAAGCCGACGAAGACAGUAACGAUCAUGAUGUUCGAAUGUCCGCCUCCCCGACCAACUCGCCUGCCUUUUCCCAUCGUCCUCUGCUUGCCAAUCGUCCGAUGAAACGGUCCCGGCCCAACGUGUCUGGCCGUCCUCUCACUGUUCCCCGUCUGCUCGAGACUCUUGAUACCGAUGCUCUACGCUCCGUCCUCCGCUCCAUGUGCGAGCGUCAUCCUGAGCUGAAUGACGAGGUUGUACACACGGCUCCACGGCCCAGUGUCUCCUCUACGCUUCACGUUCUCAACAACUACCAGUCUACCCUUCGAUCCUCUUUCCCGUUGGGUGGCGAUCCCACGUCCGACUACGCCUACAAUCGGGUGCGUCAGCAUCUCACCAACCUGUUGGAUGCCCUGAGCGAUUUUACACCCCAUUUCCUUCCUCCAAACGAAUCUCAAGCAUCCACAUCACUCAGUUAUUUGGACGGCGCCACAGACAUCAUUCACUCGCUUCCGAGAUGGAGCUCGCCACAGAAUAACAUCGAGAAGGAUUCCGCGUAUGAGGAAAUGUGCAAAGCAUGGAUCUUGGUUAUCAGGGAGGCGGCCAAGCGAGGCGGUGGGAUCCAGUUACAAUAUGGUGGAUGGGAUCAGAAAUUGGCCAAACACAACCAGAUCUCGGGAGGCAAGUUGCAGAAUGCAGUCAACGAGCUGAGCUCGAUUCUGGGCUGGAUGGGCGGCCCUGGGUUUCAGGGUCAUGGAAGCUCUUCUAACGCCGAUCCUGGAUCGAUCCGGGAGCAACUUCUGUCUGGGACAUAUGGUCACGGAAUGCCUCUAAAGGUCGGACCGUGGUGAUCGAGUCUAAACGAGCCGUCAACUCCUUGCCGGCCUAUUGUGCGUCUCUCUUCCAUGAGUAUUGUCGAAACGCUUUGAAAUAAACCAGCGGCCGACUUUGACUUACGAACGAUCAUGAUACCUCCUGCAUCAGCCUUUAGAGAAUCGAGGGUCU